AUGCGUGAGAUGGACAGGAUGAUGAAUUCAAUGAUGGAUCCGUUUAAUAUAUUUGGAAAUCCGUUUGGUGGUCAACGUUUACUUGGGAGUAUGUUAGAGGAUGGUUCGUCUCGGAGGCCCGUGAAUAAUAAUAGCCUUUCGCUGAUGAAUGAUUUUGGAUUCGGUGGUGGCUUUUUUGGCGGUCUUAUGCGGCAUAUGGAUGAUUUCCAGAAUGCUGCUAUGAAUGAUCCUAAUUCUCACGUCUUUUCUCAGUCUACUAUGAUUAGUUAUGAUGGUACGAGCGGGGGUCAGCCUAAAAUAGUUGAAAAGAGCGUUCGUAAAACUGGUGAUGUGAAGGAAACAAGGAGUUCAGUUCGUCAUGGCGAGGGUGGCGUUGGUGAUAGGAUGGCUAUUGAACACACAAUUGGUAACAGAACUCAUGUAAUCGAAAAAAAACGCGACCGAGACGGCCGUAUACGAGAACAGCAACAUUUUGUCAACCUUAACCAAAAUGAGGCAGAAGACUUCGACCGUGAAUUCGCUACCAGGGUAAGGCGUAAUUUUGGGGGAACGAGUGGUGAACGUUAUCGGGCGAUUGAGCAUGGGAGUGGUUCUUCUCGCCCCAAUUUAAGUUCGGAGACACGGGAAAUUCGCUCAGGUGCUACUGGUGGUAAUGAUGCUCCUAUUGUGACUCUUCCGGAGGAUGAUGUGGAAGAUGAAGGUAGAGGCUACCAGAGACAUCAUACUUCGUCUGCCAGGGAUGUUUUUUUCUGGAACUUGUGUCUAUUUGCUUGGAAAGCAUUGGACGGGUGGGAGAGUUUUGAAUUGAUGGGUAUGAGAGUGGAAAUUGUGUCGCUACUUCUUCGUAUUUUUUCUGCUUUCCUGUUUGUCAUUUUUCGUGAGGAUUUGUUUAGGCCUAGUUCUAUGCAUCGUUCGCGUCAUCGGUAUGAUGGGCCAAUCAUUCGAGAAAUUGAUGAGGAGGAAGAGGAACAACACCGAGACACUAAACGACGUAAGGGAGUUUUUGGAAGAUUAUUUAAAGCGAACGAUGAGUAA